GACGUGUAUUGGGUUGCUAUGUAGAUGAGUCGGGAGGAGACUAGAUAGGCCAAUGUUUAAGCAGUUCAGGCCCCAGUGGGUUGUUUUCUAAGUAUUGGAGAAUGGUUGACUUAAGACAUAGGCCUUGGAAGGUUUUUUGAGGACUCAGAGACAGGGUGAAGUAUUACUUAGCGUUUUCUGCAGAUCUCGCGGCUGCACAUGCGGCCAGACUUCCUCCUAUCCGGCGGGCCUCAGGGGUCAACGACCCGGUUUCUUAAUCUCUCAAAAAAGCCGGGUAGUUCUCUUUUUCUUCUAUAUAUAUACAUGUACAUAUAUAUUUCCUUCCAUUUGGCCAUGAAUAUAUGGUUUAGAAUCUUUAUAAUUAUUAAUAGUAUAGACUUGACCUAGUAAAUAUGAAUGGGAUGUGAAGGAAAUUAAUUGCUUUGUUCUUAUUGGUAGUGAUCAUGACCUACUUAAAAAAUAAGAACUAGAGCAGCAUCCUCAUCACCUGGGGGCUUGUAGAAACUAAAACUAAAGCUGGAGAAGAUAGGCUAAAGGGACUGCUUGCUUGAUAAAUAACUUUUGGGGUACAUGGAAGGUGCUUUGAAACCUGAGUUUCUAGGAUUAAUAAAAUCUCAUUAAAGAACUUAACUGCAAAUUAUGGGUUAGCAAGAUUUUUAUUUCAAUGCUUCAGCUUUUUGCCACAUGUAAGCCAUAUGUUGUCUUAAAUUCGUAAGGUUUGAUAGUGUAUGUUUACUUUACUUAGCUCUUUAAGUGAAAGAUAAGCAAAGAGAGAUGAAGAUGGAGGUAAUUUUUUGGGUCGAUGAUGAGCUGGCAUGUAUUCUGAAUCUAAAGUUGAUUAUUUCUGCUUUAGCUCUAGAAUUACCCUGAGACCUGAAAAAUACCUGCAUCUUUAUGAGGGGUUUAGUUCUUUUUUAGUCAGAUACUUUUAAAAUUGAAAGUUUUUAUAUGGCAAGAUGAAAUCAGAAUUCAAAUGUGUAUUGAAUAUGUGCUCUGGGGUCAAACGUGAAAAGAUAAAAAUUUAUGAAAUCACUUUUUGUGUGAAAGGGCACACCGCAGAAGGAUGUUAUUAUCAAGUCAGAUGCACCCGACACCCUAUUAGUGGAGAAGCAUGCAGAUUAUAUAGCAUCCUACGGCUCAAAGAAAGAUGAUUACGAAUACUGUAUGUCUGAAUAUUUGAGAAUGAGUGGCAUCUAUUGGGGUCUGACUGUUAUGGAUCUCAUGGGACAGCUACAUCGCAUGAAUAGAGAAGAAAUUCUGACAUUUAUUAAGUCUUGUCAACACGAGUGUGGUGGAAUAAGUGCUAGUAUUGGACAUGAUCCUCAUCUUUUGUACACUCUUAGUGCUGUCCAGAUUCUUACUCUCUAUGAUAAUAUUAAUGUUAUUGAUGUAAAUAAAGUCGUGGAAUAUGUUCAGAGUCUACAGAAAGAAGAUGGUUCUUUUGCUGGAGAUAUUUGGGGAGAAAUCGAUACAAGAUUCUCUUUUUGUGCGGUGGCAACUUUGGCUCUAUUGGGGAAGCUGGAUGCUAUUAAUGUGGAAAAGGCAAUCGAAUUUGUUUUAUCAUGUAUGAACUUUGAUGGUGGAUUUGGUUGCAGGCCAGGUUCUGAAUCCCAUGCUGGGCAGAUCUAUUGUUGCACAGGAUUCCUGGCUAUUACUAGUCAGUUGCAUCGAGUAAAUUCUGAUUUACUUGGUUGGUGGCUUUGUGAACGACAGCUUCCAUCAGGUGGACUCAAUGGAAGGCCAGAGAAGUUACCAGAUGUAUGCUAUUCUUGGUGGGUGUUGGCUUCCCUAAAGAUAAUUGGAAGGCUUCAUUGGAUUGACAGAGAGAAACUGCGUAGUUUCAUUUUAGCAUGUCAAGAUGAAGAAACGGGAGGAUUUGCGGACAGGCCAGGAGAUAUGGCAAAUCCUUUUCAUACUCUAUUUGGAAUUGCUGGAUUGUCACUUUUGGGAGAAGAACAGAUUAAACCUGUUAGCCCUGUUUUUUGCAUGCCUGAAGAAAUACUUCGGAGAGUGAAUGUUCAGCCUGAACUAGUGAGCUAGAUUAGAUCCCUUGAUGCAGAAGUUGCUUAGUGUAGUUUCACUGUUUUAACAUUUCAGUAUUUGAAGUGCUUAACAAACGUAAUGGCUGCCAUGUUAAUAUUUUGUACAUGAAUUGUGUUGAUUUUAAUAAAUUAUAUAAUUAUACAUAACUGUAAAUUAGAGACCUUUACUGUAUCUUCAGCUUUCCGUUUUCUUCUGGAAUGCUGUUAUUCUGAGCGUAAUAUUUUGUUUAUGCUUCAAUGUAUUUAUCUUGUUUGUCUCCAUAACAGCAAACUGAGUUGAACUCUAUUUAGCUGAUGAAGUCUUAUGUUCUGAUUUUCCCAUGUACUCCCUUGAUAUGUUAUAUAUAACUAUAGUUAAUAUAAAUUGGUCUUUGUCAAUGAGAAUGUUAACUGAUAAAGAAUUGAUGAACCCCAUAGGGAUUAAAAGAUGAAAAAAAAUAAAUGGCUGAAAUUUGGGAAUA